AGAUGUCGCAAUUUACGAAUGUGUACAUUUCGGUCACUAAAUUGAGUAUAAAUAAACAGCCUACAUAGAUUUAAUCUCAGUGUUUUUCUUUGUAAGAUUAUUGUGUUGGUAUUAAAGUGGUUUUAAGAGGUAUUAAACUACAUUUAAAACAGUGAAACCUUUGUGUAUUUAAAAUAAAUUGUUUUGGAUCUAAAUACGGCCGAAACUGUUUCGGAUUUUGGAAAUUAUCAUGCAGCUUCCAUAAGUGGACUGACUUUCUGUGAGCACAAAAAAAAAUCGAAGACAGAAUAUUCUGUUGGGUGAAAAAAACAAACUUGUAGUGAAAUGCAAAUACUCGCUUUUAAACUUUGGGUGUUAAUAUUUAUUAUUUGAGCAGUACUGUAGGUAAAAAGUGAAAUAAGCACUUCAUAAUUAUGAUGAACUGCAAAUGGAAGACAGUGUAAUGUGGUUAUGUAACAUUAAACUUGUAGUCAUGAUGAAAUUCUUUAGAUGCUAUAAUGAAUGGCCCUAUGUCAUGCAUGGUUAGGUGACUGUAAUUGAUGUAAGGUAUAACAGAAGAGAAAACAAAUGAAAUUCUUAUCUGUAUGAUGUACAGUGGCCAUCUUCCAGUUCACAUAGCUAAGUUUUACAGAUUCCUGGAGCAAUAUUAUAUCUUCAGAAGUGCUUUGGAGUAAACCGUCUUUAAAUGCAGCUUGUUUUUUUUUUCGAUGGAAUUGUAAUAGAGACAAGUGGAAGUUAUUUUUGAUUUUUCAUGGAAAGUUUAUUUGAUAAAAAGUGAAGAGCAGCUGGUUCCCUGGUGGCAGAUAUAAAUACAUACUGAUGUGGGAAAAUUUAAUUUGUCAGUAUAUCUGUAAACUGAAUUCUUAGGAGAAAACAUUUUUGAUAAGCAUCAGAAAACAUUGGAAUAAAGUGUUUGUCAGUGAAAUAAGAUUAGUUUCCUGUCAUUGGCAUACAAGCAUUGUGAUAUGCUAUGAAUUCGGAUCCAGUGAGGAUUGAAGGGAGAAAUAUGGAAGCGGAGCGAGGAGAUAUAGGGGAUUUAAAAAUGAUGCACUUAGCUGCAGUUAGAAACAGAUGCCGGCGACAUACUCUCGCAAAUGUUCGAGAACCUGUAAGGGUUUAUAUAGGUUUUGAUGUUGAAAAUGGAGCAAGUGGUGGACGGGGGCCGUUGGAAGGGAGCAGUCCAUCGGGUGGUCUUAUUUUACAAAACCUUCCACAAAGACGGGAGUCAUUCCUGUACCGGUCUGACAGUGACUAUGACAUCUCACCGAAAUCCAUGUCUCGCCAUUCCUCCGUACAAAGUGAACAACCACAGCACGCGGAAGAUCUUAUUGUUACACCAUUUGCUCAAGUAUUAGCAAGUUUACGCAGUGUACGCAAUAACUACAUCACUCUUACCAACGUACAGGCCUCUAGAGACAGACCACAUACGGGCGGCUCUUCUCGUCCUCAACAAAACCACAUGGGAAAUAGUCCAAGCUCUUUAACAACGCAGCAACAAAUACAGCAAAAUCUUGGCCAUAUAUCCUCGUCUUCUCAACAGUCACCUAGAUCUCAAACUGAUGAUAAUUAUAACAAGAUGGCAAUCGAGACACUGGAGGAGCUGGACUGGUGCCUCGACCAGCUUGAAACCAUUCAGACUCAUCGGUCUGUCAGUGAUAUGGCCUCCAGUAAGUUCAAACGGAUGUUGAAUCGAGAACUAAGUCACUUUGCAGAGUCAAGCAAAUCUGGAAACCAAAUAGCCGAAUACAUCUGCAGCACAUAUUUAGACAAACAACAGGAGCUUGAUGUUCCUUCAUUUAAGAUUGAGGAGAAUGAGAGCAGUCAUAAAGAGAAAGAGAACCAGAAGGAUUCUGGGAAGAGACGUCCUAUGACACAGAUAACUGGUGUCCGUAAACUUAAACAUACCAACAGUUUCACAGGUCAAGUGCCAAAAUACGGGGUAGAAACUCCACAUAAAGAAGAAUUAGGAAAGUUGCUGAAUGAAAUAGAUAGAUGGGGCGUGGACAUGUUCAAAAUUGCAGAAUACUCCAACAACAGACCUCUAACAUGCGUCACAUAUAAGAUAUUUCAGGACAGAAAUUUGUGUAGUACCUUCAAUAUUCCCGCUACAACGUUAGUGACCUACUUAAUGCAUUUAGAAGAUCACUAUCAUUCAGAUGUUCCAUACCACAACUGUAUUCAUGCUGCAGACGUCACUCAGUCAACGCAUGUUCUACUUUCUGCACAAGCAUUAGAGAAUGUGUUCACAGACUUAGAAAUUCUCUCAGCCAUAUUUGCCAGUGCCAUUCAUGACGUCGACCAUCCUGGCGUUACCAACCAGUUCCUUGUCAAUACAAGUUCAGAGCUAGCAUUGAUGUACAAUGACGAAUCUGUUUUAGAAAACCAUCAUCUGGCGGUUGCAUUCAAACUGCUACAAGAAGAAAAUUGUGACAUAUUCGUCAAUCUUUCCAAAAAACAACGACAGACAUUGCGUAAAAUGUGCAUAGAUAUGGUCCUCGCAACAGACAUGUCUAAGCAUAUGAGUCUUCUAGCGGAUUUGAAGACGAUGGUAGAAACGAAGAAGGUUGCGGGUUCAGGCGUACUCUUACUCGACAAUUAUCAAGACAGAAUACAGGUAUUGCAAAAUAUGGUGCACUGUGCAGACUUGAGCAACCCAACAAAGCCUCUUGAACUGUACAAGAAAUGGCUCGACAGGUUGAUGACAGAGUUCUUCCGUCAGGGUGACAUGGAAAGAGCAAAGGGACUUGACCUUAGUCCUAUGUGUGACAAACUAACUGCUACUGUCGAAAAAUCACAGGUCGGGUUUAUCGACUACAUUUUACAUCCAAUGUGGGAGACUUGGGCCGAUUUGGUGUACCCAGAUGCCCAGGAAAUACUUGAUCAAGUUGAAGAAAACCGUGACUGGUUUCAGAGCAUGAUACCAAUCAGUCCUUCAUCAAGUUUCUGUUCUAGUGCUAAAUCUGAGGAGAAAUCAGCGGACAGUAAAUUUCAAUUUGACAUUGAAGAAGAGAAAGAAAGUGACAAUGAAAACGAGCAUCACGGUAGUGAUGUUGUUAUCAAAUUAACUGACAGUAAAAUUAGUUCAUCGAAACAGCAAAGUAAAAAAGGACAGUAGCUGGUUGUAGAAAAAAAUAUUGCAUAAUUGUGAUACAGUUUACUCAUUAAAGUAUUCCAUGGCCUAAUCGGCCCCGUAUGAUGACAUUAGCGCUUAGAAAUUUGAAACGUGUCAUUAGGGCCGUGUCAGCUGUCUCCCAAGAUUCCACAUGGGGACUAGUCAUGUCAUGUCGCCAUGACAACAAGUGAUGGUGUAGAAUGGAAGAUGACAUCAUUUCUCAGGGAGAACUUCCAGGGUUUGGACAGUUGACUAUUUUGUUGCCGUAGUAGUAGUGAGAAAUUACGGUAAACAAAUUCGGAACUACAAGAGAAAAGCUUAGUGAAGGUAGAACAGUUUGAAUUUGUCUGUCUCUUAAGUUAUGAACAGAAGAAACUUUGGGAAGAAAAUGUUGCAGAUUUCGAAAUGGCGGGUAUUUUGUAAAGUGAAAACAGCUCGGCAUUAAUUAUAUGUUCAUGUAUAUUCAUGUUGCAGCCAUGUUCACUGUGCAUGCAUUUGCUCUGAAAAAGGCAAAUAGACUGGACAUUUCAAGGCAUUUAGCAGACUGAAUUGUUGUAUUUGAAAACAAACUUCUGCUUCUGUUAUUUUGAAAAACAGGAAGUUGUUUGCGAAGACUUUUUGGUACAACAUUUUUGAGCUUCCUGUUUUGGAGAGUUCCAAAGGGAGAUUAUUCUUUUUUACAUAAUGUUAGUGAUGCUUUAGUGGUGUUGCUGUUGGAAAGUAACAGUACAAGCCAGUUUUAUACAUUUUAUCAUAUCAUUUAUUUUACCAUAUUAAAAUCAUGAAAUUGUAUUUUAAAAAGUUGUUUCUGUAUAUGUUUGCUGCUUUAAUUUAUUAAGAUGUUUUAAGACUUUAUUUAAAUAAGGUUUGUUUGGGCUCUAAUCAUUGGUUUAAAGAUUGUUCCGCUUGUACUACAAGUUUGAUGAGCUUCAGCGUUUAAAAUAAACGCUUGUAAAAUUGUUCAUAUAUAGGGUUAUAGCCCUUGUGAAUCUGUGGACUAAAGGCUGAUGAAAAUUGACGUGAAAUGCCAUACGCGGCUGUACUGCCAUAAAAUCUAAAUUACCUCAGUCGGAAAUAAUGUUUUACAUACUGUUGGUUCUUUAUCUGAAGUAAUGCUAAAAAAAAAUCUAUGUCAACAUUACAUAGUUCUUAACCCUUAUCAUGCUGGACACGACUGGUUCUGCCUUUGCAACCAGUGUAGAUCAUGAUCAGCCUGCACAUCCGUGCAGUCUGAUCAUGAUCUGCACUGUUCGCUAUUCAGUUGGGUAUAUUUUUGGUAAGUACCCCUUUUAAACAGUUAAUGGUACUGUCCAAAUUGGAAGAUGGAACAGUUCAUUAUAGAAAUUUAGCAGGGUAAGGGUUAAAACUGCAGCCACAGUUGUCAAAUGGUUUUAUUGUAGACUAAACUAGGUAGAAGUUAUAGUUGAGAAUCAUUGUAGAAAAAAUUAUUAGCUCACCUGUCACAAAGUGACACGGUGAGCUUUUGUGAUCGCGCGGUGUCCGUCGUCCGUCCGUGCAUCCGUAAACUUUUGCUUGUGACCACUCUAGAGGUCACAUUUUUCAUGGGAUCUUUAUGAAAGUUGGUCAGAAUGUUCAUCUUGAUGAUAUCUAGGUCAAGUUCGAAACUGGGUCAUGUGCCUUCAAAAACUAGGUCAGUAGGUCUAAAAAUAGAAAAACCUUGUGCCCUCUCUAGAGGCCAUAUAUUUCACAAGAUCUUCAUGAAAAUUGGUCAGAAUGUUCACCUUGAUGAUAUCUAGGUCAAGUUCGAAACUGGGUCACAUGCCAUCAAAAACUAGGUCAGUAAGUCUAAAAAUAGAAAAACCUUGUGACCUCUCUAGAGGCAUUCACAAGAUCUUCAUGAAAAUUGGUCAGAACGUUCACCUUGAUGAUAUCUAGGUCAGGUUCGAAACUGGGUCACGUGCCCUCAAAAACUAGGUCAGUAGGUCAAAUAAUAGAAAAACCUUGUGACCUCUCUAAGGCCAUAUUUUUCAUGGGAUCUGUAUGAAAGUUGGUCUGAAUGUUCAUCUUGAUGAUAUCUAGGUCGAGUUCAAAACUGGGUCACGUGCGGUCAAAAACUAGGUCAGUAGGUCUAAAAAUAGAAAAACCUUGUGACCUCUCUAGAGGCCAUAUAUUUCAUGAGAUCUUCAUGAAAAUUAGUCAGAAUGUUCACCUUGAUGAUAUCUAGGUCAAGUUCAAAAGUGGGUCACGUCCUUCAAAAACUAGGUCAGUAGGUCUAAAAGUAGAAAAACCUUGUGACCUCUCUAGAGGCCAUAUAUUUUACAAGAUCUUCAUGAAAAUUGGUCAGAACGUUCACCUUGAUGAUAUCUAGGUCAGUUUCGAAAAUAGGCCACGUGCCAUCAUAAUCUAGGUCAGUAGAUCAAAUAAUAGAAAAACCUUGUGACCUCUCUAAAGGCCAUAUUUUUCAUGGGAUCUGUAUGAAAGUUGGUCUGAAUGUCCAUCUUGAUGAUAUCUAGGUCAAGUUUGAAACUGGGUCAUGUGCCGUCAACAACUAGGUCAGUAGGUCUAAAAAUAGAAAAACCUUGUGACCUCUCUAGAGGCCAUAUAUUAUACAAGAUCUUCAUGAAAAUUGGUCUGAAUGUUCAUCUUGAUGAUAUCUAGGUCAAGUUCGAAACUGGGUCACGUGCGGUCAAACACUAGGUCAGUAGGUCUAAAAAUAGAAAAACCUUGUGACCUCUCUAGAGGCCAUACUUGUGAAUGGAUCUCCAUAAAAAUUAGUCAGAAGGUUCACCUUGAUGAUAUCUAGGUCAAGUUUGAAACUGGGUCACGUGCCUUAAAAAACUAGGUCAGUAGGUCAAAUAAUGAAAAAACCUUGUGACCUCUCAAGAGGCCAUACUUUUCAUGGGAUCUGUAUGAAAGUUGGUCUGAAUGUUCAUCUUGAUGAUAUCUAGGUCAUGUUCGAAACUGGGUCAACUGCGGUCAAAAACUAGGUCAGUAGGUCUAAAAUUAUUAAAAUCUUUUGACCUCUCUAGAGACCAUAUUUUUCAAUGGAUCUUCAUGAAAAUUGACCUGAAUGUUCACCUUGAUAAUAUCUAGGUCAGUUUCAAAACUGGGUCACGUGCGGUCAAAAACUAGGCCAGUAGGUAUAAAAAUAGAAAAAUCUUGUGACCUCUCUAGAGGCCAUAUUUUUCAUGAGAUCUUCAUGAAAAUUAGUGAGAAUGUUCACUUUGAUGAUAUCUAGAUAAAAUUCAAAACAGGGUCACAUACCUUCGAAAACUAGGUCAAUAGGUCAGAUAAUAGAAAAACCUUGUGACCUCUCUAGAGACCAUAUUUUUCAAUGGAUCUUCAUGAAAAUUGGUCAGAAUUUUUAUCUUGAUAAUAUCUAGGUCAAGUUCAAAACUGGGUCACAUGAGCUCAAAGACUAGGUCACUAUGUCAAAUAAUAGAAAAAACGACGUCAUACUCAACACUGGGUCAUGUGGGAAGAGGUGAGCAAUUCAGGACCAUCAUGGUCCUCUUGUUUUCAUUGUGAAGCAGUUUUUCCCCUUUAAAAAUCAUACAUGGUGUUUUUAAAAAGCACAUUUUUAAAAUCAGAAAUUUGUGCUUACAGCAUUACAAGUUUGUAUUGUCUGUUUUUUCAUAGGGUAACAUGAACUUUUUUGUCAUAAAUUUGUGUAAUAUCGAAUUCUGUGUAGGUAUAAGUUUCAUAUUUCAUCAUUAUAAAUGUAUGUAAAGUUACACCUUCGGAAAGUUUACGCAAAUUAUAGUGUAAGUUUUUUCUUUCUUAAAUCAGUUGUAGUGUAUUUAUUAUAAUAAUGCCAGCUAGUUACAAAUAAAUGGCAUGUGUGACCAUUUCAUGUCACUGGAAAUCCAUCAGCCAAUCACUCUGUGAUAUUUGCUAGGGAUCAUGGGUAACUGCAAAAAAUUCGAAACUUACAAGAAUGCUUUGCGCUUUUUCUUCUUUUAGUUCUUCCCCAAAAGUGAACAAUCGUAUUGUUUGGUCAUGUUUUUAUUCAUGGGCCUUAUUUUCCUUUCUGGCAGUUUUAUUGCUCAAUGUGUUUCUUAAAACAAAAAUUGAAAACAUUUGUGAAAACGUUUUUAUCUAAAACAUUUACAGUGUUCAAUAUUUAAAUUUCCAAGUGACCAGUAACUAGCUUGUAGAAUAAAAUUGUUUCAGAGGUGUUUUGUUUAAUUCAAGCUUGACUAAAGUGAUGUAUUUUUCUCUUACAUGAUAAUGUAACAAUUACAGAUUCCAGAUCACAUUUCUUCCAUGACAGUUGUGUAUCCCAUGAUUUCUAGCAGCCCAGCCUAGUUAAAAAUAAAAUUUGGAAAACUGAAA